UGAAUUCCUCAUAUUGAAAAAAUAAUUUGAAAAUAUGAACGAUCAGUUAACAUAUGAAAGACAUUAGAAGAAGAUGUGAUAUAAAGUUAUUCACAAUGAUAAGACUUCACUGAAGUACAAUGUCACAAUAUGACGAACGAGUUUCAUUGUUUAAAAACCUCAUAAUUUAUCGCAGUCGACGUUUUAGUUGUAUCUUUAUAUCAAAGAGGGCUGUGAGAGCACGCGUCGUUCGUGUUCCAUUUAAAGAACUUACUCUUUUUAUCUGAACUACGCUGCACUUUUUUCUCUUUAGAGUGAAACAAGUAUACAAUCUGGCGUUGAAGAAAAAGAGGGAACCAAGUUCCCUCCUGUGCAGCACCAGUUCAGCUAAAAAGAACAGGCUUCUUGUCUCGACUCGAUUGUAUACAUGCUGAUCCCGUCUAUAUGUUCAAUGUCUCUCUUUGAUCUUCUCGCCAAUAUUUACGUCGCUAUUUACGAUACGUGAUAUGGACAGACGAACAUCAGGAAGCCUUUCCGUUUAUGUCUGGCAAGACAGAAGUUGACAAGAGCUCUCUAAUUUACGAAGACAAAAUCUUCAAUACUGAUUCGUCUAAGGAUGCCAAUUUGAAAAAGUGGAAAUCUCUCAUUGAAAAGUACUCUUUCUGGAGUUGGAUGUAUUUGCAUUCGGACGAAAUAUAUCUGCACAAAGCUUCAACGAUAGACGUUUACCAAAUGUUCCGUAAGGAUAUAUUUAACGGAAGCUCCGAUCCCCUUAGGCAAUUCCUCCACCAAGAUAUAGUGAAAUGCUUCGAGAAAGGCGUGAAUUUUGAUCAAGACACUGAAGUCGAGUCGGUCGAGGAUGAGUCGAUAAAUCACAUGGAAGUGGAGGAAUCACACGCUGUGGAGAAGGAUAUCGUGCCAAAAGAUCUCGUGAAGGAUUCUGAAGACGAAGAGGAAGAUUCCACAGACAAGAACGUACAAGAAGCGAAGUCGAAGACCUACAAGGAAAUGAAAAAGAGUCUCCGAUCGCUUGUGCCAAAACGUUCAACGAAACAGCAGAGCAACUUCGGUUGUUACGUGUUAUUGAAGAUGUUCCUCUCUCUGUUAGUUCCAUUAUGCGUAGUCUUCACCUCUCUUGUGUUUCGCGAGCAGAGUUAUCAGCACAGUACCAUUUUCGCGAACGUCACAGCCGAGCUGAAGAAACGGAUCUACGGUCAGGAUCGAGCCGUGGAGGCUAUGGGGGAGUACCUUCGACUGAACGAGCCUACCUUGAAGGUGAUCGCUCUUGUGGGCGGUACGGGUGUCGGCAAAUCCUACACGAUCGAGAUCGUGGAGAGUAACUUCCCGAAGUACUCCGUCCGUCGAUACUUCCCACCGAUCGUUAUAACCAUGAACGACGUCGGCUUCUCUUUCUUGUACCCGAAGCUAAUUGUCUUGGAGAAUCUGAAGGAACACGACCUGGCACACGUGGUGGACUUUUUGAAGAUCCGCGAGAAUGUGGCGACCAAUCAGUAUAUCACCGUGUUGGCUGUGUUCAACGUCGAGCAUAUGAACGACAAUUUGACGCGCAACAUGGAUCUCGAACGAAGCGCGGAGGCGAUAAGGAAUUCCUUCGCCAACGAGAACCUCGAUGUCAAGGUUAUCACCUACGAACCUUUGGGCGAGGACGUUUUAAAGAAGUGCAUCGCCGACGCGGUGCACCACAGCGGAAUGACGCUUUCCGACCACGAUGUCGAAUUUGUCAAACAACAGUUGAUGAUAAAUAACGUUGGUUGCAAGGGGGCCUACAGCAAGGUUCAGGUGAUCGGUAGACAGUAAAAGGAUUGCUCCCGCGCGAUUCCUUUGAAGGCGAAAAAUGUGAUGAAGCAAUUGAGGCAAAAGCAUUCUAAUAGCGCCGCGACAAUACUCAUAGCGUCUACUUCAUACACGCGCAUAUUAUUUCAUCUGCAACAUAUUUUAACGGCAUUAAGAUCACAAAUAGUUCCUAUCGCGAGCGAGGUUAUAUGUUCUUCAGGGUUCUGAUUCCUUCAAAGCGCGUUUCCGCGUCCAGAAUAUCGUUCGUAUCAAGGAAUAAUCUCUCAUAAUAUCAGCGCCGCGAAAAGUAGAGGAGCAACGCGCGUUGAUUUAAUUUCGUGGCGAAAGCAUUAAGUGCCGCACAUACGUAAGUGUCACGGUACGUUGAUACGAAACGCGUGAUGAAAUUUCCACGCGCAUCGCUUCCGAAUCGUCGUAGGGAAGACGUGCCUCGACGCAACUCUCUGCGGGAGACGAUCACGAGGUGCGUUCUGCUCAUAUCCGGCGAAACCCGGUAAUUCAACGCGGUCACGCGCGGUUAGGCGAAGUCACGUUGAUUAAGACUUCUGGGUAAGAAAAUGUGUAAUGUCUAAGACUCUGCUUAGGAAAUUGUCCUCCUCUUUCACCGCCCUCAUCCGUGCAAUCGCACUUGGACCCGCGACGAUGUGAGUGACCGCGUGUGUGUUGCGUGUGGAAGCUUCAUAAUGACACGCGACCGAACUAUAAGCACCGCAACUUCAUAUUACGUUGUUACCGAUGGUCGUUCUUACGUAAACAAAAAGAAUCGCUCAAUUGUUUCCCAAUUUAUUUGUCUUUCAUCAUAAUUAUCUUAAUAAGCAAUCGUCACAAGUAAGUUGAUUUUUCGAAGUCCACUUUGGGGAAUCAAACGAUCGAACAGUCAGGAGAGGAUUGUAUUUUUUAUUAUAAAACAUAUAAUUUUUUUUUAUGUAUAUAUUCAUUAUAUUUUUUGCAUGUAUUCAAUGCAUAUAUUCAAAAUAAAAUAUUUAAUGUAUAGGCUGAAAAAAUAUAAUUCUUUUUCGAGAGUUGCGAAUCCGCUGAAGUGGACUUCAAACGCGAAAGAUGCGCCCUUUAGACACUGACUGUUGUAACAGUCAAUUAUUAUAAACGUAAAAAAGAUUUAAGUACCAAAAACGCGAAAAACUCAAGACUAAUGUUUCAUUUAUACUUAAAAGCGCCGUAAAGACAUUCAUCCACGAUCAUUGUCUUCACUAUAUUCAGAAUUAUAGGUUUCUGUUUUUAGUUGAUAGGUUAAACUUUCUAGUGAUAAACUUUCACAUCGAGCUUCCGAUUGUUGAACUUUCUACAAAUAUAUUGCUCAAUUUUUCUCUUUGUUAAAUUAUAAGUAAUUAAUCGUAAUUAACGAAACGGAAGUAUCCCGCCUAUAUAGUUUUGUACACUUGUAAGUUUCUUAAAUAAAUGAACUUUUAUAUUGA